GAUGAAUUAAAGUAUCUUGUUAAAGAAGAAGACAGUUAUAGAGCAGCAUUAGCUUUACAAGUGAGUCAUUUGUGGACAAGGGCGUUCUUUAGCUACAUGCUGGGAAUUGAGGACUUACCUCUG